AUGGCGUCGGAGAAGGUGCUUCGAGAAGGGGUGCUGGAGAAACGCAGCGGCGGCCUGCUGCAGCUCUGGAAGAGGAAGCGCUGCCUGCUGGGCGAGAAGGGGCUGCGGCUGUUCGAGGCCAGCAGCCGGGGCUCGACGCGUUGCAAGGAGAUCCCCUUCGCGCGCGUCAAAGCCCUCGAGUGCGUGGAGUGGAAGCAGCGGCACAUCUACUUCACGCUGGUGACGGACGGCGGCGCCGAGAUCGACUUCCGCUGCCCCCAGGAGGAGCCCAGCUGGAACGCCGACAUCACCAUGGCGCUGGUGCGCUUCAAGAACCAGCAGGCGGUGCAGAUCGUGCGCGCCAGGCACAGCUGCAGAGCCGGUAAGGCCAGCACGUCGGGGAUGGCGCGCGGGGGAUGGUGCACGGCAUGGGGCAAGGAGAUCGCGCCCCUUCUGCCCAGGAAACGAUGGCCAGAGCCGAAGGGCAGACGGAGCACGUGCUUUGCGCGCACUGGGGCUCCGCGGGCACUUCCAGUUUAAAAUAUCUCUGGUAGCAGAAGUGGAAGAAGGCUCCACCCAAGAGACGGUGGCGAGAUUCGGCCGCCAGUCAGAGUAGCACUGAUCUGACUCAGCACAAGGUGGCUUCAGGCGUUCAUACAAUAUGUGUCAUUAUCACGCUGGUUCCAUUUAUGCCUUAAUUCAUCCAGAAACCUGCAUCAAAAGAUUGGCACCUUUCCUUUCCAUUUUACAACUCCGGAUGUGACCAGGUAGCCUCUUAGAGAGCACUCUUUCCCACUCUUGUGCUCCCUGGAGGUUCCGGGGGAGCUUAGUUGUGGGCACCAGUGGUGUGCGGUGAUUUUUUUUUUUGUAGGGGAACAGUUAGGGCUAGAGGCGCCAGUUUAUGAGAGUGAUGCCCUCCCCCCACAUUGUGUGUGUGACUUCGUGAUGUUGCGAGCACCUCCCUAAGCCAGGCAGAAGCUUCCUGGGCUUUGAGAGAAGGCACCAGGCAUGAAUACUUUAAUACUCUAAUUACUGGGAACGUUUAAGGGACUUGCCUAGUCCCCCUAGUCCACUGACCGCAUGCCACUGGUGGACACAUAGAGGGUUUCCACUACUCAUAUGUAUGGUAGAAUAUACAGGAAGGCCCAGGAUGUUUUGGUGCCUGAGGCAGAACAUCAUUAAUAGUAUUUCCAUUUAUAGACCGCCUACUACCUGAUGCUCACAGAGUGGUUUAUAGUAGAUAAAAAUAGUAGAUACACAGUAGAUACACAAGCAAUAUCCAUAUCCAUUAUUUUUAUUAGGUAUAUUGUGGUUUUAUAUCUUGAUUUUAUUUUGUGAACCGCCCUGAGAUACCCCAGGUAUAUAAAAUCAGAUACAGUGGUACCUCAGGUUACAUACGCUUCAGGUUACAGACUCUGCUAACCCAGAAAUAGUGCUUCAGGUUAAGAACUUUGCUUCAGGAUGAGAACAGAAAUCGGGGUGCGGCGGCAGCAGGAGGCCCCAUUAGCUAAAGUGGUGCUUCAGGUUAAGAACAGUUUCAGGUUAAGUACGGACCUCCGGAACGAAUUAAGAACUUAACCUGAGGUACCACUCUACUACUACUACUACUACUACUACUGCUGCUGCUGCUGCUGCUACCACUACUAAUAUCCACAAACAAUAUUAAUAUAAGUAAAGUCAGAGAGCAUUACUAGGCAGUAUAAUGUAUGUUAUGUUGGUUGAAAAUUUGCAUUACAUUAUUAUAGAACUACCCCCUGAAUUUUACUCACCAACCAUUGCACACAACCACUAUGAUCAUUCACUACCUUAAAUAUUAUCUCUAUCACCCAGCCACUCAUACCUGACAGUAUUACUGUACACAUACAAAGGAUGCUGUCCCCAGUUCUGAAGCACUAAUGGGCUCAUGACCACUCCGUACAUUUAAAGCAUAUCCAAUGCACGUGACCCUCCUCCCCAAAUCCUAGGAGUUGCAGUUUGUUAUGGGUGCUGGUAACUGUAGCUCUGUUAGAGGGAAACUACGGUUUCCAGGAUUGUUGGAAGCAAGGGGACGUCAUGUGCUUCAAAUAUGUGUUCAUUGUGCUUUAAAUGUAUCAUGUGGAUAUGCACUGGACCAUCUAAUACUCCUCUCCCAUCUGAGAAGGCCCAGUUCUAUACCAGAGCAGCCUCUCACCCAGGAGGCAGGUUAUAUAAAACUAUUUCUAUCCACUCACAAGCAUGCAUUGUGCUCUACAGCCUGAGCUCCUGACAAAUAACAGCUUGGUAGCAAAUAUCAGCUUGGUAGCAAACGUGAGCAUGAAGUUCACAAUCAAGGUGGCCCUAAAGCCCAACCAGUGGCUACACCCUGCUUUUCCAUCAGUGAUUUGGCCUGCUCUAUCUCAUGCUCUAUUGACAUGUUGUUGGGCAAUAUCUCAUGCUCUGACUGAGAACCACAGGACAAAAAACCUUGCCAGGCACAAGGUUUAAGUACAAUACAUGGAGAGGUGGGAGGGAAAGAGAAAAAAGCAGUCUCAGUUCAGGAAUCCAUGUGAAUCUUCUUCUUUUGAACCUCUAUCCCCACUCUCCCAAAUAGCAUCUGCAUGGCGAUACAGUGGAACCUUGGUUUUUGAACGUCUCCGUUGACAAAUGUUUCAGAACUCGAAUGCCAUAAACCCAGAAGUAAAUGCUUCCAUUUUCGAAUGCACCUCAGAAGUCGAACUUCUGAGAUGGCUUCCGUAUUGAGAUUUUUUGUAUUAAUUUCUCCGUUUUGAGGCUUCUGUAUAGAGUUUUUUGUUUCCGAACGUUUCCGAACUCAAAUGGUCUUCUGGAAUGGAUUAUGUUCAAAAACCGAGGUUCCACUGUAAACAUAUUUGUUGCCCCCUAAUGGUGCCCUGAAAUCUGCCAUAAUAUGGGCAAGGUGCGAGGCAGUCUUGACGUAUGCUAAAUUUUUGCAUGCCCUGAUCCUUUCACUGACACUUGCUAGGUGCUGACCAAAUAGCCAUUGCAUAUAUAGAAGUCCUCUGUCUCUGGUGAUCUCCACUCAGCCUGAGCAUGAAGAAGCAUGUAGGAACAGACUGUGUGCCUAACAUGCAUGUUGUAGAGAAAGUGGAUAGGGAGAGGCUUUCCACGCCUUUUCUCAUAAUAGUAGAACUGUGGGGGGGGGCGGGGAAUCCAAUGAAACUAAAGGUAUGAUGAAGAGAAAAGAAAGCACUUAUUCAUGCAGUGCUUACUUAAUCUGUGGAAGUUGCUCCCAGAAGAUGUGAUGAAGGCCACCAACUUGGAUGGCAGUCAAAGGAAAUAUGAUUAAUUCAUGGGGGCCAGAGCUAUUGAUGGCUAUGUUCAUUGCUGGGAGGCAGUAUGCUUACAUAUGCCAAAUACUCGGAAUGGCCAGUGGGGAGAGGUCUGUCGCACUCAGGUCCUGCUUCUGUGGUUCCCUCAAGAACAGGAUGCUGGACCAGAUGGUUGGAUCCAGCAAGAGCUCUUCUUGUGUUCUGUCCAUCAGCAGAAGAUUUGUUUUCCUUUACACCUGCUUGCUCUUUUAACUAGUAAGAGGUAGACUGACAAAUGCCCUUCACUGCUAGCAGAUAGUUGGAUCGUGCAUGUGAUACACCCUGUUCUCAUGUUACUAGAGCUGCAGCCAGCCAGAGAAGCCUAAGCAAUGGAAGGGAAAACAGUAUAAUUCUUCAUGGUUUCUUCACUCCUGAGGUAACAUGCUUAUUUUAAUAGUAUGGUAUAUCAAAGGGAUGCGGGUGGCGCUGUGCGUUAAACCACAGAGCCUAGGACUUGCUGAUCAGAAGGUCGGAGGUUUGAAUCCCCAUGACAGGGUGAGCUCCCAUUGCUCGGUCCCUGCUCCUGCCAACCUAGCAGUUCGAAAGCACGUCAAAGUGCAAGUAGAUAAAUAGGUACCGCUCUGGCGGGAAGGUAAACGGCAUUUCCGUGUGCUGCUCUGGUUCGCCAGAAGUGGCUUAGUCAUGCUGGCCACAUGACCUGGAAGCUGUACGCCGGCUCCCUCGGCCAAUAAAGUGAGAGGAGCGCCGCAACCCCAGAGUCGGCCAUGACUGGACCUAAUGGUCAGGGGUCCCAAUAAAGCGAGCUGAGCACUGCAACCCCAGAGGCGGCCACGACUGGACCUAAUGGUCAGGGGUCCCUUUACCUUAUAUCAAAGGCUCAGGGUAUUUUUAAGGGUGUUUCAAGCCCUCACCCACAGCAACUAAACCCUGAUACCCGAAGUUAUCAUGACCAGGAGAAAAGCACAUGGGGGGGAAAGUUGCAUGAAGAGGGGUGGAAAGUUUGGGUCUGGAUUCCUCACCUGCACACCUACUGCUUUGGAAACCAUAUUUCUGUGACAUUGGGGCAGGUCCAUGUUUAAGCACCAGGACCUGCUGCCAUUGCAUCUAGUCUAUCCCUGAACAUGGCAGGUAUGGCCGGUCUCCAGUGUUAACUGUAUUAUGCAGGAAGAAAAUAUUACUGGUCUUUUCAGCCAAGGCUGUGUGAUUUCUCCCAUACCUUGCAUAUAUUCCUGCCCAGUUUCUGUUUCUCUUGUCCUUCUCUAACUUGUCAUACUGCAAAUCCCUAUCAGUCAGCAAGUGAACAUGAGACUAUUGUUCAGUGCCUGCUCAGGCCAGCAAGUUGUGGAUAAUUUGCUCCAUCCAACUAGCCUCUCAUAUAAGAAUGGCUUUUUGACAGAAAGUUUCUAGGACUCAAGUGGCUCUUUGCUAUUUCAGAUAUAACAGUAGCUGCUCCACAAUUUCAGAUGUAACAAAAUUACUUCAAUCCUUAUUAAACUUUCACUCUUACUCUAGUGAUAGGUAUUGCUCAAAUGAAGAGCACUAUUUUUAGUUUGCAAGUCAUGUUUUUGACAUUAUGGGGUUUUGGAUUUAUUAUUACUGUUAUAUUAUUAUUAUUAGUAGUAGUAGUAGUAGUAGUAAAGUUUUUUAUUAUUUCAUUUUAUAAUGCAUAUAAAACAGAUAUAAUUAUAAAAACAGACAAAAAUUAAAAGAUGAAAAACAAAACUAUAAAAUAGGCUUGUAGAAUAAGUAGUUGCUCAUGAGUUAAAAUAACAAAGUCCAAGGAAAUACUAUCAAUUUUAUUGUUAUAUUAUUAAUAUUAUUUCAGUAACACCUUUUAGUAUACAAAGUUCUUUACAAUAUAUUGUAACAGCCCUGUAAGAAUUGGGUGCUUUACUCCAUAUUAUUAUUAUUAUUAUUAUUAUUAUUAAUUUCUGACCUGCAUUUCACCCUAAAGUGUCAGGGCAGGUUACAACAAUGUAAAACUACAAUAACAAAAGCUGUUGAAACAAUUUACAGUCAGAAGAAUAGGAUAGGUGUCAAAAGCCAGGGUAAAGCCAUAUAACAAGAGCUGUAUAAUGAAUGUGCCAAAUGUAUCUCUGUGGGGAGGAACUCCAAAGCUUAGGAGCUGCCACAGGAAAUGCCUGCUCCCAGGUCUUCCAAGUUUGAAUAUUCUCACACAUCAGCAUCUGCAAUAGUCUGGCCCUUUGUCCAACUUGUCUCCAGUCUAACCAAAGAUUCACCUCCUUUCCUUUUCUGUUGCAGCAUUUCAACAUGAGGCAGCCCCAGCUGGCCAGAUUCUGGUGAAUGGGUCCAAGGAGCCAGACCCUAAGCUGAACAUGGAGAAUACAGAGGAACUGAUGGCUGUGAAUUCACCUGCCAAUGGACAGAAGGCAAUCUCCAGCUGCAACUGA